AGCUACGUACUGACAGCCCAGGAGACUAGCGUACAGACCUGCGGCGAUAGCUACUUCAGCGCAUUCAUGCGCCCCAGAGCCAGGGCCUGUGGUGAUCCAGCCUCCGCCGGAGGAAGCAGUGGGACGAUGCUCACGGCGGCAGAGUACGGGAAGACGUCCUGGGAGCUGCUGGUCAUGGUGCAGCAGCGCUGUGGGGAGGAACACAUGACCUUUAAGCUGCGGGUGGAGGGGAAGCUCCACAUCGGCGGACUCAUGCUCAAACUGGUGGAGAAAAUCAAGGCUCCCCAGGAUUGGUCGGAUUAUGCGCUGUGGUGGGAGCAGAAGAGUCGGUGGCUGCUGAAGACUCAUUGGACGCUGGAUAAGUACGGGGUCCAGGCCGACGCCAUCCUGCACUACACCCCCCAGCACAAGCCCCUGUGCCUGCAGCUGCCCAACAUGAAGACCAUCAGACUGAACGUCAGCUUCUCCAGCGUGGUCUUCAAGACCGUCACCGAGAUCUGCAGGACCCUGAACAUCCGGAGGCCGGAGGAGUUGUCCCUGCUGAAGCCCGACGACCCGAAGAAGAAGAAGAAGAAAGACAAGCACAAAGACCACGCCCUCGACGACGUCCUGGACAUGGACGCCCUGGCAGGUGUGUUUCAGUACCACAUCCUGAAGCUGACGGUGUCGGCCGCGCCCCUGGACUGCUCCAGUGAGCCGGACCUGGACGAGGUGGAGGCGGCUCUGUCCAGCCUGGAGGUGACUCUGGAGGGCGGAAACACCGACCGGAUCCUGGAGGAUAUUACAGACAUUCCUCAGCUGUCCGACACCCUGAAGCUAUUCAGGCCCAAGAGACUGACACUCCGGCCAUAUAAGGAGUACUGGUUUGUUUUUAAAGACACAACGAUAUCCUACUACAAGAACAAGGAUGCAGCCGACGGGGAGCCUAUGGAGCAGUUUCAUCUCCGAGGAUGUGAGGUCGUUCCUGAUGUAAACGUGUCAGACAAGAAGUUUGGAAUCAAACUCCUGCUCCCGGUCGCAGAUGGCAUGAACGAGGUGUACCUCCGCUGUGAAAACGAGACGCAGUACGCAAAGUGGAAAGCCGCAUGUAUCCUGGCCUCCAAGGGGAAGACGAUGGCGUACAGCUCCUACCGCACUGAGGUGCGGAACAUCCAGUCCUUCCUGCAGAUGAAGAAUCUGGCGCCCUCUUCUGGCCAGACCACGCCUGACCUGGACUCCAUGGAGAUGAACGCAGAGAGCUUUGUUUCGCCGCGAUACGUCAAGAAGUACAAGACCAAGCAGUUGACGGGCCGGAUUCUGGAGGCGCACCAGAACAUUGCCCAGCUGUCCCUGAUGGAGGCGAAGAUGCGGUUCAUCCAGGCCUGGCAGUCGCUGCCCGAGUUUGGAGUCAGCUACUACAUCGUCCGGUUCAGAGGGAGUAAGAAGGAUGAGAUUUUGGGAGUGUCCUACAACCGGCUGAUCCGCAUAGACAUGUCCACCGGCCUGCCCGUCACCACCUGGAGGUUCUCCAACAUGAAGCAGUGGAACGUCAACUGGGAGAUCCAACAGGUGGCCAUCGAGUUCGACCAGGGCGUCUCCGUGGCCUUCGCCUGUCAGAACUGCAAGGUGGUGCAUGAGUACAUCGGGGGCUACAUCUUCCUCUCCACGCGCUCCAAGGACCAGAACGAGACUCUGGACGAGGAACUGUUCCACAAGCUCACCGGCGGGCAGGAGUGAACCCUCCCGCCCGACAUCGGUGACCCUCAAACAGCAGCAUUGUGCCGAGCUCUCAGAAUGUUCUGGAGGACCCAAAUAACCAGGACCUGCGGAGGUUCUACACGAGCUGAUGUCAUGGGCUCAUCUGGGUCUUCUGAAGUGAUUUCACAGCAUGAGUUUGUGUACUGGCCUUUUAAUUUUUUUAAUUUUUUCUAAAAAAGAGAAUGUAGUCAGGCUUUGUAAAUACAGGAGGUUACUUGUUUAAUGAUUAAACGGUCACAGAACAGGAUAUGCUCCUAGUGUUAGAUUCAUCUGUAUGAACAUGACUGUGUAUGAAUAUGACUGCCAGGAUUCAUGCUUAUCUGGGUGAGGUAGUAAGCAUUUCAUAUCACUGGACACAGUGAUAAUCACUUUAGAGCUGCAUUGUACAAUAACUACAGACACACUAUUCAUGUUUUUUUUUUAUUUUUUAUGUGGGAUUUUUUCCGGACAUUAAUCAAGUUGCAUUUGCAACUAAAACCUUGAGUCUCUAGCGAGUUUGUGCCUUUUAUCUUCCGAACCUUUGAACAGCAUCUCAAUGGGAAGGGAGAGAGCAUUUACAAACAACCUGCAGAAGUUCUUUAACCUGAGACUUCCAAUAAAACAUGCUUUUGUUGGAAAA